AUGUUUGAGAAAAAGAAAGAAGCACAGCCUUAUUUCGGCACAUCGUUAGUGGGCUUUUCACGUAUACGGUAUGAAAAACUUUUGGAAGAACAGGUAACCAUAAAAAAUCUACUGGAGAACCCUGAAAGAUACUACGACUGGCGAGUUCGUCCGAAUGGUCGUCUUGGGAAUUUCGAUAACGAUUAUCCUGAGCCGAUUUUCAUUACUGUUAACAUGUACUUGAGAAGCAUAUCGAAGAUUGACGAUGUCAAUAUGGAGUAUUCGUUGCAUUUCACAUUUCGUGAAGAAUGGAUCGACGAACGACUCUAUUUCAAUAACACAUUCUUCCAAAAUGAAAAAUACGGAAAAAAACAUGAUAUCGAUACACCCAACAUCUUGAUCCGAGUUCAUAACGGCACUGGACGAAUACUAUAUUCAUGCCGAUUAACUCUAACUCUCAGCUGUCCAAUGAGACUGGCCGACUAUCCUCUCGAUGUGCAGAUAUGUGUGGUUGAUUUCGCUUCCUAUGCGUACACUACAAAAGAUAUAACCUAUGGAUGGAAAGAAGAGAAACCGAUACAGAUUAAAGACGGUCUGCGCAAAUCAUUACCAUCUUUCCUGCUCAGUAAUGUUAGAACAGGCAACUGCACAUCGGUUACGAAUACAGGUGUAUACUCCUGUCUACGUACUAUAAUUGAGCUCAAGAGAGAAUUCAGUUACUAUUUACUACAACUCUAUAUCCCAUCUUUCAUGCUAGUCGCCGUUUCAUGGGUUUCAUUCUGGUUGGACAAGGAUUCAGUGCCUGCACGCGUGACUCUGGGAGUAACCACCCUUCUCACCAUGACGACCCAAGCAUCUGGUGUUAACGCAAAUCUUCCACCAGUCAGCUACACUAAAGCCAUUGAUAUCUGGAUUGGAGUAUGCUUAGGUUAUCGUGGAAGAGAGGUAUUACAAUUGGUGGGACAAGAUGUGGAAAGUCAAGUACAAGGCAAGUACAUUUGUUGA